AUGGAUCUAACAACUGUAACUGACAUUCAAGACCACUUAGGAAAUUUAAAUAUUUCUGAAAAACCUACAAUUUUUAUUGUAGUCGGUAUGGCAGGAUCUGGUAAGACUACUUUUUGUCAAAGAUUGUAUUCGUGGAUAUCAAGUGAAUAUUGCAAGAUUGACACUAAAACAGGUCUUAAUUCCUACAUUUACUCUAUAAAUCUAGAUCCAGCGGUCGUUAACACUAAAAUGCCUCUAAAUGUUGAUAUCAGAGAGCAUAUAGAUUAUUAUGAUGUUAUGGAAAAAUAUAAUUUAGGACCUAAUGGUGCUAUAACAACAUCUUUGAAUUUAUUUUUAAUAAAUAUUGAAUCACAUUUUAAAGUAAAAAGUAAUUUUGUGAUUGUAGAUACACCAGGCCAGAUAGAAUCUUUUACUUGGUCUUCUCCUGGUUAUGUUUUACGUGAUUUUUUUAAAAAGAUUGGUAAUGUAUUAAUGAUUUAUGUUGUGGAUAGUGAAGUGUCACAAGAUUUCUCUGUUUUUAUGAGUAAUAUGAUUUAUAGUAUCAGUCUAAUGUGUAGAUACAGUCUUCCUGUGCUUUGUACAUUUAAUAAAUGUGAUAUUAUAGAUUCUAAUAAAAUAGAAAGUUGGAUACGAGACUAUGAAGCAUUUAGAGAAGAUUUAGAUGAAAAUGAUAAUUCUACACCUUUGUUAGGAUCUUUGGCUUUACAUUUUGAAGAAUUUUACAGUGAAAUUAAUACAGUAGCUGUUUCUAGUAAAACGGGAACAGGAAAAAUAAACUUUUUUAAAGCGAUAAAUGACCUUGUGAGUAAAAAAAGUAAGAGUGACUUAUGA